AUUUGUGCGCGUGGAAGUUUCCGAUAACACUUUUAUGCUGAGGAUAAGAAAUCUAGUCGCAAACGAAAUUUCGACUGAAACACGUUCAUAUUGAAUAGAUGUAAUCACAAUGGCUGUUUAUUUCAUACCCAAAAAUCGUCUAUUUUCAGGGAAUAUUUCAAGUGUGAAUUUUACACAAAGUAAAUGGGCUACUCGUUGGAUAACAGUUUAUAAGUCUUCCUCAAAUAGUACAAACUUGCCAUCCAAUGGCAAAAAAAUUCAUUCACGAUUUUAUUCGGCAAAGCAGGUGAACGAUACCAAAGCGGGGGCUGUAUCAAAAAAAGGUAAAUUUAGUAAAUUAAAACGUAUUCGAAAAUCGUGGGGAUGGAAAGCAGGGGCUGGUUGGACUAUAUUGUCUGUAUUGGAUUGGUGGUUAUUAGCUACAGGCGGUUGGUUGACAUGGCGUAAUUUGAUUCUGAAGUGGACACCAAUUGGAAUUGGCUUAGCCUCACUCGUUCAUUGGCAUCUACAUUAUAGAAAAUGUGAUGAACUGGGCCAACCCCGAACCGCGUCAAGAUUUAUGACUGAGGUAUAUUGUUCGCUACCACUACGCUUAAUCAGCCGAACUUGGGGAUGGUUAGCUGACUGUAGGGUACCAAUGCCAUUUCGACCUGUAGUUUAUGGCGUGUAUUCCACCGCUUUCGGUGUCAAUAUUGAGGAAGCCGAAAAUUCAAAUUUCAAAGACUAUCGUAGUAUUUCCGAAUUUUUCACGCGUCAACUUCGGCCGGGUGUUCGUACAAUAUCAAGUAAAUCCUGUAUGGUAUCACCGGUUGAUGGCCGAGUGCUACACUUUGGAUUAGCCGAUGGACAUCAAAUUGAACAAGUGAAAGGUAUGAACUACAGCUUAAAAGAAUUUCUUGGUCCAUCAAACUAUGAAAAAACGGAGAAGUCGGCCACAAUCAAUUUCAAGCAUAAAAGAGAUGAGGAAACAAAUUUGUAUCAGUGCGUGAUUUACCUUGCUCCAGGCGAUUAUCACAGGUUUCAUUCACCGACGGAAUGGAAACCAGUAAUUAGAAGACACUUUCACGGAGAACUUUUAUCUGUAAAUCCAAACAUUGCUAAAUGGUUACCUGGACUAUUUUGUCUGAAUGAGCGAGUUGUGUACAUAGGUCAAUGGGAUCAUGGAUUUUGCAGCUUCACUGCAGUUGGAGCAACAAAUGUGGGUUCCGUUGACGUUUAUAUUGACAAGGAUCUAAAAACAAAUAAAUGGGUCGGUUUCCGCAGAAAAAGCAACCAAGCAAACCAAUAUGAUGAAAUUCAAUUGCCAGCUAAUACAAUUUUGCAGAAAGGUGAGAUAUUGGGCCAAUUUAAUAUGGGCAGCACCGUGGUGCUAAUUUUCGAAGCUCCAAAGAAGUUUAGGUUUUUCAUCUCGAACGGUCAAAAGGUUAGACUAGGUGAACCACUUGGGUGCAUUAAUGAUUUAGAUGAAUCAAAAAUGGACGAAACAACAAAAUGAAAUUGAUAUGCUCAUAAAUUCAGUCAAUCAUUUGUAAUUUAUAAAUAGUAAUAUGAUAUUAUUUUUAUUUAAGCAUGCAGGAAACUUUUUCUAAAGUACUAUUUACUAUGGAUUUGAUAAAUAAAUAUUAUAUCAAAAAAA